CAUUUUGAAGGAGGCGGGCGAAAGUAAGCUAGCAAGCUACACAUACACGCUUGUCGAAACUGAUGAAAUUCGCGAAAAAGCAAGACCGUCCAAAAAGCAGCAACGAGGGAAACUCCGUGGUUUACUUGGGACAGACGACGCAGAAGGUGACUGCAUAACUCGAUCGAAAGAAUCGAAAAAAUGGAUGGGAUAUAUGGCUGGGGACAGGCACAGGUCACAGGAAACCCCUACAUCGAGAUCAUCGAGCAGCCCAAGCCGAGGGGAAUGCGCUUCAGGUACAAGUGCGAGGGCCGCUCUGCCGGCAGCAUACUGGGGGAGAAGAGCAGCGACACCACCAAGACACACCCCUCCAUCAAGAUCCACAACUACAGUGGCCCAGUCCGUGUGCGCAUCUCCCUGGUGACCAAGGCUGCCCCCUACAGGCCACACCCCCACGAGCUGGUGGGCAAGGACUGCAAACACGGCUACUAUGAGGCCGACCUGCAGGAGAGACGCAUUCACAGCUUUCAGAACCUGGGAAUUCAGUGUGUGAAGAAGAAGGAUGUGAAUGAGGCCAUUUCCUGCAGACUGCAGAGCUUCAAUAACCCUUUCAGCAUUGCGGAGGCAGACAUUUGGGCAGAGGAGUAUGACCUGAACACGGUACGGCUCUGUUUCCAGGCCUCCAUCACCCUUCCCAGUGGGGACCUCUACACCCUCGAACCCGUGGUGUCUCAGCCCAUCUAUGACAACCGAGCGCCCAACACAGCCGAGCUGAAGAUCUGUCGCGUGAACAGGAACUCUGGGAGCUGCCGUGGCGGGGACGAGAUCUUCCUGCUGUGUGACAAAGUGCAGAAAGAGGACAUUGAGGUGCGCUUCUUCCUGGACUCCUGGGAGGGGAAGGGCUCCUUCUCGCAGGCCGACGUGCACCGGCAGGUGGCCAUCGUCUUCCGCACGCCCCCCUACAUCGACCCCAACCUGACGCAGCCCGUGCGGGUCAAGAUGCAGCUGCGCCGGCCGUCCGACCGUGAGGUCAGCGAGCCUGUGGACUUCCAGUACCUCCCCGCCGAGCAAGAUGAGCACAGGCUGAUGGAGAAGAGGAAGCGGACAGAGGGAAUGUUCCAGAACCUGAAGCUGGGCUCCCUCCUGCCGUCAGCAGCCACUCCUGCAGAGAGACGGCCUUUUAACACAGCCAGAAGGACAGUGACGCCCUCCAAGCCAGUAACUCCCAGACCACAGCCAGCGGUGAACCCAGCGGUUCCUCUGGCUCCACCGGUCAAAGCCGAGGCCAGCUUCAGCACGCAGCCCGGCCAGCUGUUCUACUCCCAGUUCAAACCGCCAGACGGGACAAACAGCACCAGCAACUGGCCUUUUCUGCCCCAGCCUAAACCUUCUGCGGGGGUGAGCUUCCCCUCCACUGCCGCGGGCGACUCUCAGACCCAGCAGUACUCCACCGUCAACCUGUCCGACCUGUACGACUACAACCUCCCGGUCCUCCCCACUGCCAAGGAGCCCCGGGUGGUCCCGGGGGCCGGGGGGAGGGCCCCUGCCCCUGCCUCCCAGCCGGCUGACUCCUCGGGUCUCCUCGGGUUCGGGGUGGAGCCGACGGCGUGCGGGGAGGAGCUGCCGGAAUUCGCCAGCUUGGAGGUGCGAGAGUAUGGCACGCUGGACAGCAUCAACACGGAGGACUUCCAGGCUCUGCUGGACCAGGGCGGGCUUCCCGGGGACGGGGCGGGGCUGGGGAACCUGCCACCUCCCUCCAGCUCCGCCCACGGCACCGCCGAUAUGGCAGGAGACCAGGGCGGGGGUGUCGGCACCUGGAUGAGCUACCCCAACAGCAUCCUGAACCUGCUGCAGAACGAGGGCGUGGUGGACAGCCCGGCUGCCCCGCCCCUUCCUGUCCUGGACGACCUGGACGAGCUAAACUCCCUGGACGACGACCGCUUCAUGUCCAUACUGACCAGCAACGGCCAGGCUGGCUUCCUAGCAGGACACCCCACAUAGGAGCCUCUGGCCACGCCCCCUGGCCCCACCCCCCAACUUCCCUCUCUCUAGCCCCCCCUCGACCUCGCGACGCUCAGAGAGGCACAGCCCGUAGUGACGGGUGACAGGAAAUGUGACAGCCGCGGGCACUGGUUCUUUUCUUUCUUUCUGAGCGAACACCCUUUGACACAGCCACUGCUGAACCACUCAGGAGCCUCAUAUGAGAUUCAUGUCUCCUGCACAGCAUCAGUCUGACGAGCUGAUGCCAACGUCAGCCUGUUUAAAACUUCAAGCAUCUUGCUGCAGAAAAUUCCCCUACAAUCCUACCUUUUUUUAACUGUCAUGGCAACUAGUUGAUUCUGAGCCGGUUUGUAGGCUGUCCUCUUAUUUGCCAGUACUUCUUGACACACGUCAUGACUGACACAGAACGUGACCUGUGCGCAUACCUGAUUGAGCUGGAAACCAGGCUGUGCAGGAGGGGCAGCUGAAGGGAAUGCCCCUGUGAAAGGGAGGUGCAUUUUUCCCAGCAUCCCCCAGCUGCCACAGGUGCUCCAACCAGUUCACAGUGAGAAACUGCCACAUCCAGUCUGCCCGCAAGGAGUUCAGCAUGUCUGCAAAAGGGAGUUGGGAAGGAUUACACAGGACUGCCAAAAAUCUUGCUUUUAAGAAAGACUCCUCCCCUGGUGAUGUGUGUGUUAUGUAAAGUACACUGUGUGUCUUUCUGUUGUUUCUGUAUCUCUUUGUCUGAAAAAUUUGAUUCAUGGAGGCAUACUGGGAUCUAUGCAUUUAACAGAGCUACUCGAUGGGCAAUUUUGUACAGUGUUAAAUGUGUCAACAGGUGCUUGUUGAGGAUGCAUCUCUUUGGGAUUUUUUUGAUAGGUGGGUCCAGCCUUCUGCUUCCUCUGAGGGCUUUGAGGUCUAGCAUAUUAUCGUCAUUAUCCAUUUGUUAGACUUUCAUAAAUUCAUAUUCAAAUAAGCAGACAAGGGCAUGAAAAUGUGUAAAUAAGUCCCGUUAAAGGGGUCUGUUCAAUCUAACUGCAAAGCAGAAUGCAACAGCACUAAAAUGUCAUCUAAGGUGGCAUUUUUUUAUGUAUUACUCAUUUUUCCACACUGAAAUGGCAAGGAUAAAGGAAACGAUCACAAAAUACUACAUACAUUAUUUUCAGGUUGUGUUUAUAUUUUUCCUUUGGGGUUUGAUUGAAUACACCCCUUUAUCAUAUUAAUUAAUAACAAGUAAGCCUUAUGUUUUAAAAGCUACUUUAGAAACAAUAUUUAACAAAGGGCAUGACUGUAACUGACAGUUUUAUAUUACAAAGGAUCGGUUUUAUAUUGCAAAGGAUUGUGUAAUCACAGAGCUGAUAGUGUCUGUCCAUGGAACAGUUCUCACACCUAAAAGCAUUAACUCUGUUGAUUUUGUCUGUUUGCUUUCUGCAUAGCUUUUUUCAGGCUGCCUUGUCAGGGAAGGCAAUCACAAUGUACAGUA